UAAAAUAUUCACACACACAGAGUAGAGAGAGAAGAGAGAGAGAGAGAGACCAAAGUGGGUCAGAAACACACGUCGUGUUCAGGCAAAAUCCAUGUGCCCACAUGGACGAUUGUGAAGGGGGAAACGCAGUGCGUUGGGGACACCAUUAUAUCAUUAGUCAUCGCCUUCGUUUUGAGCCACUAUCAGAGGAACCAAAAGAAGAGAGUCAUUGAAAUAGAGAGAGAGAGAGAGUGUGUGUUUUCACAAAGCUUUGUACUGUAAAACCCAGAACCCAAAAUUCAAGCUUGACGCUUGUUUUAGGUGACUUGGGUGUUUUUCUCAACUGGGGUUUGAUUGUUUUUUUUCUUAGAAAGGGAAUUGGAAAAUGAAGGAGAAAAGUGAAAGUGGAGGUGGAGGUGGUGGUGGGUAUGUGAGAGCGGAUCAGAUAGAUCUGAAAAGCUUGGAUGAGCAACUUCAAAGGCAUCUGAGUAGAGCAUGGACUAUGGAAAAGAACAAGAAAAAAGAAGAGGAAGAAGAAGAACAAGCAAGGUCUACUGUCUCAUCUACCAGACAAGAAUGGGAGAUUGACCCUGCUAAACUCAUCAUCAAGAGUGUAAUCGCUCGUGGAACUUUCGGAACUGUUCACCGGGGACUUUAUGACGGCCAAGACGUUGCUGCUGGAAAAUUUAAACUGCCAGAUGGAUGCUCAUCUCAUCUUAACAGCUCUUGACAGUUCCUUUCUAACUAUUUCAGUUAAACUUCUUGAUUGGGGGGAAGAGGGACAUAGGUCAGAGGCUGAAAUAGCUUCACUAAGAGCUGCUUUUACUCAAGAAGUUGCUGUAUGGCAUAAACUUGACCACCCUAAUGUUACCAAGUUCAUAGGGGCAACAAUUGGCUCGUCGGACUUACAGAUACAAACUGAUAAUGGUCAAAUUGGAAUGCCUAGUAAUAUUUGUUGUGUAGUUGUCGAAUACUGUCCAGGAGGUGCUCUGAAAUCUUACCUCAUAAAGAAUCGAAGAAAGAAGCUGGCUUUCAAAGUUGUUGCGCAGCUUGCACUAGAUCUUGCAAGAGGGUUGAGCUAUCUACAUUCAAAGAAGAUUGUCCACCGAGAUGUUAAAACGGAAAACAUGCUUCUGGACAAGAGCCGUACACUUAAAAUAGCUGAUUUUGGUGUUGCUCGUAUCGAGGCUUCUAAUCCCAACGACAUGACUGGCGAGACAGGAACUCUUGGUUACAUGGCUCCCGAGGUUCUUAAUGGUAACCCAUACAACAGAAAAUGUGAUGUGUACAGUUUUGGAAUCUGCUUGUGGGAGAUAUACUGCUGUGACAUGCCGUAUCCCGACCUUAGUUUCUCGGAAGUGACUUCCGCCGUUGUCCGCCAGAAUCUAAGGCCCGAAAUACCAAGAUGUUGCCCGAGCUCCCUUGCGAACGUGAUGAAGCGGUGCUGGGAUGCGAAUCCUGACAAGCGGCCGGAGAUGGAUGAAGUGGUGUCACUGAUGGAAGCGAUCGAUACGACCAAGGGGGGAGGAAUGAUUCCUCAUGAUCAGCCUCAGGGUUGUCUGUGUUUCCGCAGGUACAGAGGGCCCUAAUGAAAGUAGUAGUGUUUGAUGAAAAUGUGUGUGAGAGAGAGUGAAGGUGAGGAGAAUAGGUAACAACACAGUGAACCAAGAAAUGAAAUUCAAUUUGUACUUUAUUCAAUUCAAACAGAUUGGUAAUUGUUAUAAUUAUUAAGUCAAGGAAAUACAAAAAAUCUAUGGAGGCCAUAAUUGUCUCA